UCAUUUGUUAUGCGGAAAUAUUGCUGCUCUCAUAGCUACCCUGUAGCAUUCAGCUUUAAACGGAAUGGGUGUUAUUCGAUUAUUUAUACAAAUAUAAAUACAAAUUACAUCGUAUUACAGUCCUUACGAAAAUGUCGUGCAGUCGCAAUUGUGGAAAAGUCAUUUUGAUACUUCGCAAAAUCUUCCAUAUUUCUUUAAAUGAUAUGUUUAAUCAGUGGUUUUUGUUUUGAACUCGACUUAUCAAAUAUGUAUUUAUGUAAAACUAUUUAGCUACACACCAUUUCCAAUGUAUAGAUGUAUAGGAUUUGGAUAUAAUGUCGACUUGGUGUGUAUACAGUGUCCCAUGUUAUGGAAGGCAUCACAAGGUCAUGCAUGCAGCCAGGCCUCUAACCUGCACUUUUUACAUCCCAGCCCUUGAGCCAGUGUGCUUCCAGUAGGUGGAGGCUCUUCCUCCUUCCUCCUCCAUUCUUCCCCCUCUGCCGCCGACAAGCCCAGAGUUCCCUAUGUUCACUCUGUUGAGCAUGUUUUACUAUAUCUGUCUGCGGCGACGCUCCAGGAGCGGGACUCGUGGUGAAGCGCUGACCAGUCGACGAGCCGUGGAGUCUGGUCAACGGGCGAUACUGCCAGUCAGCGUGGAGGUGGAGCAGUAUGCGAAGGAGGUUUUGGACUUCAGCUCUCAUUAUGGCAGCGAAAACAGCAUGUCAUACACUAUGUGGAACCUGGCUGGUGUACCCAAUGUCUAUCCCAGCUCCGGGGACUUUACACAGACUGCUGUGUUCAGGGCUUAUGGAACAUGGUGGGAACAGUGUGCAAGCGCUCCGCCACGUUUACGGCGCACCCCUAAAGGCUUUUACAGCCAGGAUUAUAUCGAGCUGGGCUUUGAGGAGCCAGUUUACCCUACAGCUGUGGAGGUGCUUGAGACGUAUUACCCUGGGGCCAUUGUCCAGAUUCUGGCCUGCUCACAUAACCCCUUUUCCCAGAAUCCACCAACGGAUGUCAGGUGGGAGGUGUUGUGGUCGGGGGAGCCUGUCAAGGUACUGACACCCCAGGCACGCCAAUUUUCACCUAACAUCAAGCACAUCAAUUUCCCUACCAACCUGCUGCGCCUGGAGGUCAAUAGCUCCCUGUUGGAUUACUAUACCGAGCUGGACGCUGUCAUCCUACGUGGAGUGAAGGAGAGGCCCAUGCUGGCACUCUACAAGAUGCCCGUCAUCGACAUCACUGACCUCAGUGACAGCGAAGAAGACCUGUCCGAUGUGGGAGGUCCCUUCAGGCAAUGUUCAAACAACAGGACGGGCAACGGCUACUUUGACAAACUGCCCUAUGAGCUCAUUCAGUUGAUACUGAGCCACCUGACCUUGCCAGACCUCUGCCGUCUGGCCCAGAGCUGUAAGCUGCUGCACCAGCACUGUUGUGACCCGCUCCAGUACACCCAGCUGAGUCUGCAGCCCUACUGGGCUAGGCUGAGUGACACCUCCUUGGGACACCUGCAGAGCCGCUGCACACGCCUCCAGAGGCUCAACCUUUCCUGGACGGGCAACCGGGGAGCUCUCACCCUGAAUAGCUUCAGCAGUUUCAUGAAGGUCUGUGGGCUGAGCCUGAUGUCCCUGGAACUGUCUUGCUGCCACUUCCUGACUGAGGCCUGUUUGGAGGUCAUCUCCCAGACUUGUCCAGGGCUACAGGAGAUUAAUCUGGCCUCCUGCGAUCGCCUCAAUCCGCAGGCCUUCACACACAUUUCAAAACUUACGCGCCUCCGCCGGCUGGUGCUUUACCGUACCAAGAUCGAGCAAACAGCUAUUCUUAGCAUCCUGACUUUCUGCAUUGAGUUGAAACACCUCAACCUCGGGAGCUGUGUGAGGAUCGAAGAUUAUGAUGUUUUAGCAAGCAUGCUGGCUGCUCGGUGCCGCUCACUCUGUUCGCUGGACCUUUGGCGAUGCAGAAACCUGACAGAUCGAGGCCUCAAUGAGCUUGUCUCUGGCUGCAGAAUGUUAGAAGAGCUGGACCUGGGCUGGUGUCCCACACUGCAGAGCAGCACUGGAUGUUUCCAGCAACUUGCUCGCAGCCUGCCACGCCUACGCAAACUCUUCCUGACUGCCAAUCGCACAGUCUGUGACUCAGACAUAGAGGAGUUGGCCACCAGCUGCCCCUUGCUACAGCAUGUUGACAUACUGGGUACAAGGCUUGUGAGUGCUGCCUCAUUGAAGAAACUCCUCCAGUCGUGUCCACAGCUUCUCCUCCUGGAUGUUUCCUUCUGCUCCCAGAUAGACACUCGGGUCAUCCAAGAGCUCUCAAGCCACUUCCCCAGUGUAGCCAUCAAGAGGAGUUUCACACACUGACCCCAGCAUGGUCUUAUUACUGCAGAAGAAGCAAACUGAGGCACAGCAGACGUUGGAGAGAUGCCUCUGGAUCACAGGAUGUUCUAUUAGUGGUCCCUAGGUAAGGCCGUUUAACUGGGUGAGAAACCUCUUUGAACUGGAAUGCAACAGGACGAAAAAAAAAAAAAAAACAACCACAGACUCGCAUCUGAAAUGUGAGACUUAAUUUAUUAUUUUGGGGCACAUUAAAAUCAGGGCUAUUGCAGUGAUGCAAUUGCAUCUCCCUGAAAUAGGAGUCACGACUUAUGAAUAGGCCAGCAACACAGGGCUGACAAAUAUGACUUAUUUAUAAAAUGAUGCUUCACUGGCAGAUAGCCACUUUGGUAAAAAAAAAAAAAAAAAAAAGUAGGGACAAACGUGAAAAUCAAUCUUUGUUACAAACUGCAGGGAAAGCAUUAGCAGGACGUUUCAUGAGCAACGAUCAGGUACAGCUUUGGUCAGUGCCUUCUCAGAUUGACCAUUAGACUUUUAAAGUUGUCGUACACGCCGUCUUCAUGCUUGUCAUAUAUUCGUUUAAUUUUGAAUGUUAAUGUGAAGGAAGGCCUUAUACCACACAGUCAACACACGAAGUUGCUCUUUUUAUAUCACAUAGUGCGUCAUCUCCCCUAAUGUACAAUGUAUUUGUGCCUUAUAUUCUUUACUAUAUUACAGUAUAGUGCUCUGUAUUUUGUUUCAUUGUAGAGAAAUGUGCCCCUCAACCAAAGUGAUGUGGAGAUACUGGUCCUAUUCGUCACGACCUUCUACUUUAUAUGCCACAUUCUAUGUGUAGCAGUGUCAGUUAUUAUGUAAACUAUUUAUUUCUAUUUCUUUGCAAGGGUUUUAUUUGAAUGUAAAUAUGUGUUUUAUUAUCUGCUGAAAGGCUAUUUAAUUUGGGGGAAUACAGGGCUUGAUAAGAGUUACUAUAAAGGACAAAGACCCAACUAAUGAUAUUAUUGGCAGGCAGUCCUAUCCAUCGCAUUAUGACAACAUCAAAAACACACAGUUCUCCUUAUGGAUAGUUGAUGUUGAGGGAGAAGACUUCCAUAUACAGUGGUGUGGAAAAAGUCUCCGCCCCCUUCUUGAUUUUUUUUUUUUGCAUGUUUGUCACACGUUAAUGUCUCAGGUCAGGCCACCAUUAGCAGCAACAACUGCAUUCAAGCGUUUGUGAUAACUUGCAAUGAGUCUCUUACAGUGCUGUGGAGGAAUUUUGGCCCACUCAUCUUUGCAGAAUUGAAAUUCAGCUCCAUUGGAGGGUUUUCGAGCAUCAACGGGCUUUUUAAGGUCAUGCCACAGCAUCUCAGGAUUCCGGUCAGGACUUUGACAAGGCUACUUCAAAGUCUUGAUUUAGUUUUUCUUCAGCCAUUCAGAGGGUGGACUUGCUGGUGUGUUUUGGAUCCUUUGUCCUGCUGCAGAACCCAAGUUUGUUUCAGCUUGAGGUCACAAACAGACGGCCAGACAUUCUCCUUCAGAAUUCACGGUUCCAUUUAUUACAGCAAGUCUUCCAGGUCCCAAAGAAGCAAAAUAGCGCCAGACCAUCACACUACCACCACCAUAUUCUACUUUUUCUGAAAUGGGGUGUUACUUUUACGACAGAUGUAAUGGGACUCACACCUUCCAAAAAAAUUCAACUUUUGUCUUGUCAGACCACAGAGUAUUUUCCCAAAGGUCUUAGGGUUCAUCAAGAUGUUUUUUGGCAAAAUUGAGGCGAGCCUUAAUGUUCUUUUUGUUCAGCAGUGGUUUUCGUCUUGGAACUCUGCCAUGCAGGCCGUUUUUGCCCCGUGUCUUUCUUAUAGUGGAGUCAUGAACACUGACCUUAACUGAGGCAAGUGAGGCCUGCAGUUCUUUGGAUGUCCUUGUGGGGUCUUUUGUGACCUCUUGGAUAAGUCGUCGCUGCGCUCUUGCGGUCAUUUUGGAUGGGAAGGUUCACCACUGUUCCAGGUUUUCACCAUUUGUGGAUAAUGGCUCUCAUUGUGGUUCGCUGGAGUCCCAAAGCUUUAGAAAUAACUUUAUAACCUUUUCCAAACUGAUAGAUCUCAAAUUACUUUCUUUCUGGUGAGUCAACAGGGUUGUAUGUUUGGAUUUUUUUUCUCCCUUAAUAAUAAAAUGUUUCAUUUAAAAACUGCAUUUUGUGUUCAGUUGCGUUGUCAUUGACUAAUAUUUAAAUUUGUUUGAUGAUCUGAAACAUUUAAGUGUGACAAACAUGCAAACAAGAAACCAGGAAGGGGACAAACACCUUUUCACACCGCUGUACUUCCUACAGUUCUUGGGCUGUUUUGGAUUUGUUUGCAAUAUUUCUUUACAAUUACAGGUUUUGUGGAAAAUCCUUACAUGGGCUGGGUCUUCUAAAUUUCAUGCAUCAUUUUCCAGUGUUAAGGCUUAAGAGUUCAUCUUAACUCAAGUUCACGUAAGCCAACAUAUUUGCUCUAUCUCUUUAUGUUGUAUUUGACAUACAAUGUAUGCACCACACUGUUGCUACGAGGCAGUGGUUUUUAAUAGAUCAUCUCAACACGAGAACGCAGAACAUGUUAAUCAUACGUAAAGCUUGACUAUGACAUGUUGAGUUAAGGUACUCUGUUCUAUUUAUAUUGAACAACACUGUUGUACUGGUGAACUCUAACUUUUGCUCAUCAUGUAGCAGCCAUUCGCAACCUUUUACUAUGACCUGCACCCCUGGAAAACUUGAGUAAUAUUUCAUUUGAAGAUGAAAAAGAUGCAUUUAAUCUAAAUUUGAGUUUAAAAAAAAUGCAUUCAGUGCGUUUAUUGGAAAUUUAAAAGAAUCCAAACCAUUUCUUUUGUUUGAAAUGUUAUCUUGCAGUCCCCGUUAAGAACCCCUGAUAUACAGUUUAUAGUUAGUUUGACCAUUGCAUUAUAUCUGUGCAGUAUUUCAACAACCAGCCCCACCCCCUCCGGGAUUUGUCAUUCAUUUCUUUUCUCAUUGGUCGGGCAUGCAUUGAAGCGCCCUCCCUCCCCAUGCUGCAAGUUGAUGGCUGUGUUGUGUGAGAAGAUUGUUCCUCUGUUCGCAUGAAAGUGAGUGCUUCACUUGAACCAGAUUUGAAAUAAAAUCAAUGUGUGUGAUGUGCAUCUCCUUUGAUUAUGAUCUAGCUUGUCUUCCUAUGAGGACAUGGGUGUUAUUUCUUUGCCAUUCUCAGGCUCCUUAAGUUGAGUCAUGUGGGGGAACACACAGGGUCAUCUACUGACUCCACAACAGCGAGUGCAGCCAUUAGUCAGGAUGACGGACUGAAAAUUAAUAGCGGAAUGAUCGGUUUUGACUAAGGCCUCUGCCGUUUUGCAGUCUAUUAAAACCACAGGGAGAAGUGACAUGAGCUUGUCUCCUUAACUGCCUUUUAAUGAAUUGUUUGUGCCUGGAUUAAUGAUGUAUAUUGUGGCCUUGUAAUGUGCCCUAAUGACAGAGAAUGAGGCGGCCUCGGCUGGAGUAUUCAUUUAGGCUGCCUCCCCAAUGAUUAUUUCUCAGCCAGUGCUCAGUGUGACGAUGCAAAUAGGAUUCACGGAUCUCCUGAUGAUACCGCUGUAUUUUAAUUACGUUCACUGGAUUGCUGUCUUUGCAUCUUUCACCCAAAAUCACCCGGGAUAGGCUCGCACUUCCAUGUGACCGUGAACAGCGCCUUGACAAAGAUGCAACACACCUUCCUUUGUGGCCAUGUUGACAUGAUGGUGUACUAAAUCACCUGUUCCAGCAUUUUCAAACGUUUUGUUUUCAGCUUUAAGACAGUGCGUUUAACUGCUCAACAAUAUUCAAGUCGGCUGUGGUGUUGCUAAUGCUUCGCUGGUACGAAAAGGAUCAACAAAAAAUGUACAUACUUUGGAAAAGGGCAAACUAUGUUUUGUAUUCUGACAAAACAAGAAAAAAAUGAACGUCUUUGCAUUGUGAUACCUCUUCCUGCAUCUCACUUUCUACCACAACUGCUCUCAUCAUCAAAUUCCUUCCCAAUAUCUCCCUCCACCAAUACCUGGAUUGUUGUCGGUGCCGAAUCAUACCUGUGCAUUUGAAAAUGAGGGGAAUUCUGGUCGAGAAUUUCCCCCAGCACAACUACCUUCCGCACCACCCGUCCGCUACUGAGGUGCACCCAUGUUGUUUUACUGCCGUGCUUUUAUUUUGAAGGCCUGACUCUACCGGAUACAGGACAUGUUACGCCGAUGUUGCAGAGAAAACCCAAA